CAGCAUGGCGGGCGGCAGAGCCGGGCCCCGGCGGCCGCCCAUGAGCUUGGCCGAGGCGGGCCCGGGCACGGAGAACGAGCGGCUGGGGCUGGUCCGGCUCAGCAUGCUGCGGAACCCGCUCAUCAUCAAGCCAGAACUUGGAAAGCCCAUGAGAAACUGCUACUCCCUGCCAGGCCCUGAUUUUACCUAUGGGAUAUACAUGCACAAGAGAGAUGGAGGAGUCCCUGAAGCCAUAGGCCACUGGGACUCGGUGAAGGUCAAGUCUCAGCCCCACAAAAGGGUCAUGCCCCGGGAUUUCGUGGCCAUGGGCCGUGCGGCCGUGGACGAGGGCUGCACCACAGCCCGGGAGUUUGCUCUGUACUACAAGCACAUGGACAUCCGCUGCAAGGACAAGGGCAUCCUCACAUAUGGGGGCAAGGCACCUCCAGGCAUGACCUUUGGCAAGCCACCACGGCCUUCCACUCCCCUUUUUGACAUCAUGCAACACAGAUACAAGGAGCUGUGGAUGGAGGAGCAGAGAGCCCGGACUAGAGUCCAGCACAUGGUGAAGAAAAAGGUCGGCGAGGUGCGCGAGAACCGCACCACGUUCCUGCGCACGCACCCGCUGCCCGUGAAGGAGGAGUCCUUCUGGCACCCCCGGCGCUACGAGAAGGCUGAGCCUCGUCUCAGGACUUUUCCAGACCCUGAAUCCCGUCAAAAGGCUCUCAGUGCCUCCCACUGAGGAGUGCCUGUGAGCUGUCCCUUUCCCCAGAGGGCCCCCACAGCAAGGAUGGUGCUAGGCACAGCCCUUGGACCCUGGCAUUCCACAUGCAAUAGACUCUCAGGUUUUACAGAGUUAUGCUAA